CAAGCAAAGUUGAUGUUUUAUUUAUCUAAAGCAUAAUAUACACUUUUAUAAGAUACUUCUAUUAAUUUGACCUUGCCUAAUAAUAAUUACUGUAACAACUGUUCGCAUUCUUUAUUUUUAUCUCUUAUUCAAACUACAUUAAUACAAAAAAAAAUCUGAGUAUUUUAUAUAUUUGGUUCAGUUGGUUAUCACAAUUCAGACGCCCAAACAACAAAAUUUAAUGUUUUAAAAAUGGUUUCUCUUAAUCAAUCUCAUAUCACUAUAGCUGCCGGUACAGUGUUUCUAGUGUUAGUUAGUGCUCUACUAUUUAGAAAAUACAAAAAGGAAAAAAUACCAAAUGAAUGGAUUGAAGUGGGAAAAUUAAAGGGUAUAUUUUUGUAUCCCUUAAAGAGUGGAAAGGGACUGCAAUCUACCAGAGUGUUUUGUGGACCGAAAGGUAUAAGAGAAAUUGAAAAAGGAUAUAAUGUAACAAGUUUGAAAGAUAGAUCUUUUCUUCUCUACACGAGUAAAGAUCGUGAAGUUAGAACAGCUAGACAAUGUCCGAAAGCAGUACUCAUCGAAGUACGUCCUACGGAGAAUGGUGUAAUUUUCAGUGCACCUGGUAUGACAGAUUUAUUCAUCAACGUACCAGCUGUUAGAAACAAUGUAACUGUGGUGUCCAUUUGGGGCAGUGUUUUUGGUAACGAAUACUUUGUGUGUACGGACUGUGGUGACGCUGUUGCCACAUGGUUAAGCAAGUUCUUGCUGGAAAAGGACCAAGGAAUGCGGCUAGGAUACGGAGAUGGCAGCACGUUUAGGAACCUUCUGCAAGCGCACAAAAAAUGGGCAGAAUACUACACACAAAUUGAUAACUAUUUGUCGGGAAUUUUCAGCGAUUUGGCAGCACUACAUUUAAUCAACCAAGCAUCAGUUGAUGACGUUAACGAAAAACUACCAGAAAACCACAAGAUCUCGUUUCGUAACUUUAGACCAAACCUGUUAGUGGAAGGGCCCGAAGCUUUUGAAGAAGAUAAAUGGGAAUACAUUAAAGUUGGUGAAGUUGUAGCCAAGGUGUGCUUGGAAUGCUUGAGAUGUAUCGAGACAACGGUAUCUCAAGAUGGUACAAUGAACAAAGAAAGACAGCCUUUAAAAACAUUAGAAAAGUAUAGGGUUAGUAAAGGUCCGUUCAAAUAUCCGCCUAUGGGCCUGUAUCUGAAAGUAAUCAAAACAGGCAAAUUACAAGAGGGAGAUCCAGUUUAUGUUUCUAAAACUUUGAAAUAAAUAUAUUAGAAUUAAUAUUCUUAAGUUUUUUUUUCUGGUUUAUGUAAUAUAAUUUAAAAAAUAAUUAUUAUAUAUUAAGUAACAAACACUUUGUU